GUCAAAAGGAAUGAAAGAAUGAUUAACGCCGGAGGAGGGAGGAGUAGGCUGGGUUUGGCAGGCGGCAAUAAAACCUAAAGUCCGCCCUCUAUCCCCAGGAUGGCUCCUGGUCGACAAAGUGUUCGGAAGGUUCACAGACCACUCUGAUUUCUAUACGAACCAGACCCCGGUAAAUAAUGCGUCAAGAAGUAUUUAAAAGGGGGCACGAGACCCAAACUCGCCCAGUCACACACGCCUAAUCCCCUCCUCAUUGUCCCUUUUCCCACCAUGGUCGACCUAGACGUGAUACGCUCCUCCAACACCACCAUAGUACGCAGCCAGCCCCUGGUGGCUGUUUUCUUCGGAGGCACAUCAGGAAUUGGCCAUUACACACUACGCGCACUCGCCACCGCCGAAUCCCACGGCGGCAAAGGUCUGCGCGCGUAUCUGAUCGGGCGCAAGGCCGAAGCCGCCGAGGCCAUCGUCGCCGAGUGUCGCAAGCUCUACCCAGCCGGCGAAUACAUCUUCGUCCAGGCCAACGACCUCUCGCUUCUCCGAGAUGUCGAUCGGGUCUGCAUCGAGAUUAUGAGCUUGGAGCGAGGGAAGAGCGCGAACCCGAGGAUCGACUACCUGAUGCUGUCCCAGGGAGGAGCACCAUUUCAACCCAGAAAAGACACACAAGAAGGCAUUGACGCCACCAUGUCACUCCUCUAUUACUCGCGCAUGCGAGCCCUCACCAACCUCCUCCCGCUCCUCCUCCAAUCGCCCCUCCCAGCGACAGCAGUCUCCGUCUACGCCGCGGGCUACGAGGGCAAGCUGUACCCGGAGGACCUAUCGCUGCGCAAUCCCAAGCUCUACAGCUACAAUCAGGCGCGCUCGCAUAUGAUCUACAUGCACACGUGGUUCAUGGACCGGCUGGCUGAGCAGCACCGCGGCCAGCUGCGGCUCGUCCAUAUCUUCCCCGGCCUGGUGCUGGGGCCGGCCUUUCAGAGCCCGGAGCUGCCGGUUUGGUUCCGCGUGUUCUGGCGCUGGGUGUUUGUGCCGCUCUUCGGGCGGUUGGUGUCUGUGCCCACUGGGGAGUGUGGGGAUCGCAUGCUAGGGUUGCUGUCGCCGAAUCGCUAUCCGCCGCGAAGAGAUGCCAUCACGGCCGGCUCAGGGGUGCAGCAACAGGGAAGUCGGAAGGAGGAUGUGGCGGUGGGCACGGAUGGGAAGCCUGGAAGUGGCGUUUACUCGCUUAAUUGGAAGGGCGAAUCGAAUAUCAACUUAAAGGCGUAUGGGAAGUUUGAUCCGGCGGAGAUGAAGGCGAAGAUCUGGGAGCAUACGAUGAAGGUCUUUGAAACUAUUGAGGCGGGGGAUGUCUUUAAGGAUUGACAUGUACUUGCAGCGAUACGAUCACAUGAUGUUCAACCCACAAAGAGCUCAAGGAGAUGAUCGAUCAGUAAAUCUUACGAUCUCUGAUGGGGACGCUGCGGAGGCAGUAGAGACUGG